AUGGCGAGCUCUCCGGAAAUGGCUGCGACUGAAAAGAUCAGGCCGCUGUCGCCGUCGAUAACUCCGUUGUCCUCGACGGCUAUGGGCUCGACCGACGUUGAGAAAUCCGAGACGGCCCUGAAGAAAUCCAUUUCCAACCGCCAAUUCAUCUUCAUGGCCAUGGGCGGCUCCAUUGGCGCCGGCCUGCUGAUUGCCAGUUCGACCGCACUGCAAGUCGGCGGCCCCGGCGCGCUGCUCAUGGGUUUCCUGAUCGUCGGUAUCGCCGUCACCCUGACCAUGGGCUCCCUCGGCGAGCUCGCCGCCACAUUCCCCGUGGCCGGCUCCUUCUACGACUACUCGGUGCAGUUCAUCUCGCCCUCGUGGGGUUUCUCGAUGGGCUGGAACUACAUCCUGAACUUUCUCCUCAUCGUUCCCUUCGAGGUCACUGUCAUGACCCUGGUGACAAAGUACUGGAACACGGACCUUAACUCGGCCAUUCUCAUCCCCAUCUUUCUCAUCGCCCUCUUCGCUAUUGCCGCGUGUGGCGCAAAAUGGUAUGCCGAGGCGGAGCACUUCUUCGGUAUCCUGAAGGUGGCCGUGCUCGUAGGCUUCUCCAUCACCGCCGUUAUCAUCGCAGCCGGUGGCGUCAGUACAGAUGAUCGACACGGCACGGGGUUCAGCUACUGGCAAGACGGCAAAGCUUUCCAGGGCGGCGCCACCGGUUUCCUCUGGGUCUUUGUCGCAGCCGGUCUCGCAUAUGGAGGCACCGAGAUGCUGGGCUUGACCGUCGCCGAGUGCAAGCACCCACAGAAGGUCAUGCCGCUCGCCUUUAAGAUCGUCAGCCUCCGUAUCCUGUUCUGCUACCUGCUCCCCUUGUUCACAGUCGGCCUCGUCAUCGGCGCCGACACGUUCAAGAAGAUCCCGCUCGGCCGCGUGUCCCCCUUCGUCUUGGCCACCCGUGCUGCCAACAUCCCCGUACUACCCGACAUCAUCAACGCCAUCAUCCUCAUCGCCGUUUUCAGCAUGGCUAGUGCUAGUAUCUUCGCCUCUUCUCGCGCCCUACGGGCCAUUUGUGAUAACGGCAUGGGUCCCCGGCUGCUCGCUAAGACGACCAAGUCUGGUCUUCCGCUCAACUCGCUCCUCGUCGUGCUAGCCGUAUCGAUGAUUGCCUUCAUCAACGCCGCGCCCAAGGGCGAGACCAUCUUCGACUGGCUCUUGGCCUUGGCAUCCGCGAGCAACUUCUUCACCUGGCUGAGCAUCAACGUCGCGCAGAUCCGGCUGCGGCUGGCCAUCAAGAAGCAGGGCAAGGAUAUCAACGAGGUACUGGUCUGGAAGAGCCCUGCCGGCAUUUGGGGAAGCAUGCUUGCCAUCGCUAUCGCCCUUGCCGGCCUGCUCUCCCUCCUGAUCACCGCUCUUAUUCCUCCCAAGGGCUUGAGCUCCAGCGAUACGGUGGGCAUCAUCUUUGUCAGACACGUCCUUGGCUUCAUCGUCGUGGGUGCCAUGUGGUUGGUCCACAUGGCGGUCACAUGGAAUCAGACACCGCAUCCAUUGCUGAUUCCCCUGAAAGAUAUCAAGUUGUCAAAGGAGGAGACUGUGGCCGCAGCACAGGAGUAA